GAGAAAUUCGAGUAGAAAAUAGAAAAAGGAAAAAUCCACUCCUCUAUUCUGGGAUUGUUCUUCAACCUGUCAGUCCAACGAAAUCAAAUCCAGCUCUCAGAUUCUCCUUUUCUUUUCCUUCUUUCGUGAGCUCAUCUUCAUCGGCUGCUACUAGCUGGCUCUUCGAUCUGCAGAUUUCUUCCCCUUCUUCUUUUUUAGAGCUGUCCUUGUGUAAUCGUUUGAUGCGUUCAUUUUCAAGAUCUAAUGCGGUUCAAGUUGCAAUCUCCAGGUUUUACUAUCCCUGAGCUGACUCUGCAUUUUGUUUCUGCUUGUAUGAGAAAACGAAUGCUCGUUGCUGCUGUUUCAGUAGUAAUUUUGUAGCUCAGAGCUACGUAUCGUGAUCCGACGAGCUCCUUUUGGGGGGGGGAGAUAGUUACCGGCUUCUUAAUUUUGUUUGAAAUUCGAGGUGCUUGCCUCGGUUUUGUUGGCUAAUCGGGAGAAUUCGAGUCGCGGAGCUAGGGUUUUCUAGUUUUGCCUUCGUUAUAACAUCAUCAACCUGAGGGUUUUGAAGUUGAGUGUUGCUUGGUGGGUUUUUUUGGAUGAGAUGGAUUACGGUAGAGAUUCGGGCUUCGGCAGUGGUAAUGUGGUUCACGUGAUCACUGGAGGUCCUAAUGAGAGCUGGAUGCAGAAUUCUGCUGAUCCAGGGGUAUGGGCUUCGGAAGAUGAGUACCGUGUCUGGAACGGCGGCUUGACGCCUUCCGACACUCCCUCGAACUCUAACUAUGACGCGAGGCAGUCCCAGUCGCGGUCUGGUAGUGAGCCCCCGAGCAAAAAAUCAAGGAACAAUUCGGAUUCUGCCGUAUCCAGCAGGUCGAAAGCGAUUGGUAAAAUGUUCUUUAAGACCAAGCUGUGUUGCAAAUUCCGUGCUGGGACUUGUCCUUAUGUCACAAAUUGUAACUUUGCUCAUAGUAUCGAGGAAUUGAGGAGGCCUCCUCCUAAUUGGCAGGAAAUUGUUGCAGCACAUGAGGAGGAGAAGGGGGUUGCAUCAGAGCCGAGAGAAGAGUUCCAGAUUCCAUCGCUCGGGUCUUCGGGAUUCAGUGGGGAGUCACAGAGGUCAUAUAAGGGGAGGCAUUGUAAGAAGUUUUAUACAGAGGAAGGCUGCCCGUAUGGAGAUAGUUGUACUUUUCUUCACGACGAGCAGUCCAAGAAUAGGGAGAGCGUGGCCAUAAGCUUGGGACCUGGUGGUUAUAGCGGUGGAGGUGGCGGUAGUGGUGGUGGCGGUGGUGGAGGUGGUGGUGGUGGAGGAGGAGGAGGAGGAGGAGGAGGAGGAGGUGUUGGUGGUGGUGUAGGAGGUGGAGGAGGAGGAGGAGGAGGUGGAGCUGGGGUUGGGUCAAACGUGAAGCCGUCGAAUUGGAAGACGAGAAUCUGUAAUAAGUGGGAGCUCACGGGUUAUUGUCCAUUUGGAAACAAGUGCCAUUUCGCUCAUGGAGCUGCAGAAUUGCACCGGUAUGGUGGCGGGCUUGUGGAGUCUGAGGCAAGAGAUCCUACUUCAGCACCUGCUGAUCCAAAACAGGGAGGAGGUCCUCCAAAAACUCCUGCAGACACUGCAGUUGCAUCAGUGGUCUUGGUCCCUCAUACAGAUGCUUACCACAUCGGAGUUCCAUCACAAAGACCAACAAUCAUAUUACAGAGGCCAGGGCAAAGAACUCAUCAGAAAUGGAAGGGACCAGACAAGAUCAGCAGGAUAUAUGGUGACUGGAUAGAUGACAUUGAGUGACUUUGGGAAAAGCUCACCGAAGCAGUAGAAGUUACCCGAUAACGACCCUACUCACAAGAUGGUUUGAGCAGGAAACAUCAGAGGCAGGAGAGGAUUGUCAAGCUUCGUCUUGAUGUAUCAACUAAUUUACUGGUUUCAGGAGAUGCCUCACUCCGAGGGGGCGAAGGAAAGGAAGAGGAGGGGGAAAUC